CUUGCUUCACUGAGCUACUACAGACCUCUUGCUUACCUUAUUGUAUCUCAGCGCUGGAAGCAGCUUCUAUCCCUAGCUUUCUUCUACCUAAUAGUUUAAUGCAGAUGAAGAAAUGGCUGUAUUUUGGCCUGCAUUGCUAGGAAUUCUGGUGUUGGCAGAGAGCAAUGUGGAAGCUUUGGAAGCCCCACCAGAGAAUGACAUCCAGGAUGAGACUGAAUUGAAAUACAGCCCAGCCAGUUUCAUUAAGAAUUAUGGCAGUAUAAACCAUCUUUUGAGACAAGAUGAUCUUCUUGCUUCCUUUGAGUUUGCCACAGAUGAGAAAGUCAAUAUGCAGGAGGCUGUGACCGAGGACACUCAGGACAUAGAUGGUGAUGACAGUUUGCCCGAAAAGGAAAAGCGCCUUUAUGAACUCAUGAGAGUGACACCAAGAGACAGCAAUAAGUUAGUUGAGUAUGAUGUAGUGUUUGUUCUGAGGCUGAUGUACGAGUGCCUUGGCAAGCACACCAAGAUACUGCUCAAACUGCUCCGAGAGGUAUAUGAGACGAUAGACUUUGUGUACAACAGAGUAGGCUGGAUUGACUGCUCUGAUGCAAAGAAGGAAGGUUACAAAUCUGGUUACUAUACAUUCUUCAUGAAGAACGAAGGAAAAAGACCAAUAACGCUGCUCUGUGACAUGGAGACAGAUGGUGGAGGGUGGACUGUGGUGCAGCGGCGGCAGAGGGAUGGUCCUAAAGUCAUUUUUAACCAGGGAUGGUACCCAUACAAGAUAGGCUUUGGCAACUUUACCACUGAGUACUGGGCUGGACUGCAGAACAUUUACGUGUGGUGUAAAACACGCAAUUGUGAAAUGCGAGUUGAUCUCCAAGACACAAAUGGCAACCGAGCAUACGCUGCUUACUCCAGUUUCUACUUAGACUCGGAAGUAGAGGGAUACAAACUAAACAUUGACGGCUACCGUGGCAACGCUGGAAAUGCACUGGAGCCCCAGGAGAAUGGGAAGGUGCAAGUGUUCAGCACCUACGAUCACCUCAACAAAACGAACCGCUUCUGUGCCAGGAAAAUGUUUAGUGGAUGGUGGUUCUCAGAAUGUAAGCCCUCCAUCAAUGGCAUCCAUGUUUAUGGAAGGUUAAAUCCACCAGGGCUUGCCUGGCACACCUGGGCCAAGACUCUCAAGACCACAGAAAUUAAAAUCAGGCCCACCAAGGAGUGACGGACCACAACAGUUAUGACCAGGCCCACCAAGGAGUGUCAGACCACAACAGUUAUGACCAGGCCCACCAAAAAGUGUCAGACCACAACAGUUAUGACCAGGCCCACCAAAGAGUGAUGGAGUGCCUGGCGCAGGACUCUGGGCACAAGGCAACUCAGGCUGUUACUCCCGCUAUAUUCACUUGCUGUUUUCAAAAGUAGUUAAAAAGACAGGAGUGAAUGCCACCAAGAAGUGUGGAGAAGUUUGCCACUAAUUACUAAUCUGAUGAAAACUGCAUCACGGAAAAUUGGUUAUAUUGUAGUAAGAAUGAAUUUGUUGCUGGUGGAAUAGUGAAUAUACUGGUCUUCAGUUUGGAACAGAUCAUGUGCAUUGGUGGAGUGACUCAUUAUUGGCAGGAGUGGGAUAUUUAGUAAAACUCUGCAGUUGAUGGAGUGACAGUAUGGGAUAUUUUAGUAUAGCUCUGCACUACACCAUUGAUUUAUAAGCAACUCUCACAGUUUUCUUAUUAUGUAUGUUUAAAUUUCUCCUCAAUAAAGUCAGAUUAAGAAAA